AUCGGCGGCGAGGGGCGGGGCGAGGCGGCGGCGGCGGCUCCGGUGCUCCCGCAGCUCCCGGUCCCGCCAUGGCCCAGCGUGGCGGCCCCGCCGUGCUCCCGGACAACCCCUUCCAGGACCCCGCGACGCUGCAGCCCCGGCCCGGUCCCGAGAGCGCGGUGCUCGACGCCUACAACCCCUUCGAGAGCGGAGCGCCGCCGCCUCCGUACCAGGCCCCGUCAGCGGCCCCGCCGCCCCUGCCCGUAGCCGGCGGGGCCCCCCCGCAGCCUCCGCGGAAAGCCAGCCCCACCGAGCCCCGCAACUACGGCUCCUAUGGCACGCAGGCCUCGGCGGCGGCCGCCACGGCGGAGCUGCUGAAGCGUCAGGAGGAGCUGAACCGGAAGGCGGAGGAGCUGGACCGGCGGGAGCGGGAGCUGCAGAACGCGGCUCUCGGCGGCGCCGCGACGAGGCUGAACAAUUGGCCCCCGUUGCCGUCCUUCUGCCCGGUGAAGCCGUGUUUCUACCAGGACAUCCCCGUGGAGAUCCCUGCCGACUUCCAGAAGACCGUGUCCACCAUGUAUUACCUCUGGAUGGCCAGCACCAUUGCUCUCUUCCUGAACUUCUUGUCCUCGCUGGCCUGGUUCUGUGUGGACCCCUCAUCUGGUUCUGGGUUCGGCCUCUCCAUCCUCUGGGCUCUCCUCUACACCCCCUGCUCCUUUGUCUGCUGGUACAGGCCGAUGUACAAAGCUUUCAGGAGCGACAGUUCCUUCAACUUCUUUGUCUUCUUCUUCGUCUUCUUUGCUCAGAACGUGAUGUACGUGCUGCAGGCCAUUGGCAUCCCAAACUGGGGAUUCAGUGGCUGGAUACUGAGUUUGAUAGCGCUGCGGAAGAACACAGCCGUAGCUGUGAUGAUGAUGAUGGUGUCCUUGUUCUUCACAGCUGUGGCUGUGUUGGGCAUCAUUAUGCUGAAAAAGAUCCACUCCCUGUACCGCCGGACGGGUGCCAGCUUCCAGAAGGCCCAGGAGGAGUUUGCUGCAGGGGUCUUCUCCAACCAGGCCGUGCGCACCGCGGCGGCCAACGCUGCGGCGGGCGCUGCCACCAACGCCUUCCGUGCCCCUUAGCCGGGCGGUGGCUCCAGCUGCUCCUCGCACGUGGGCUCUUUCUGAGGAAGAGGAAGUCCGAGUUGCACUUUCAUUGGAUCCCCGUGUGUCUGCAUCAGCUGUCAGAGGCUGCCUCAUCCCAGCUUGGAAGUGCUGGUGCCUGAAUCGUCCGCUGCUCUAACCCCUUUCCUGACAGAUGGAGGCUGUUCUGUUUGUGCUGGUCCCUUCCCACAGUGGAUGGUGCAAGGAGUGGGAUGGGAGGAGCUCUGGCCGAGCCCUGCCCCUGUCAUCGCCCUCCCUUCCAGCACCGGGAGCCUCCUCCAGGUGUGUGGCAGGGCCGGAGGCAGCUGCUCACCGUCCCCGUGUUGGCCAGGGCUCUCCUGUUCCCCCCACCCCGUGAUGCACGUUGUGUGUCCUGAGGCACAGAGGGUUCCCCUUGCCCCCACUCCCAGGAUCUGCAGGGGUUGGCUCGUCCCUGGAGACUUUUGCCUGCCUUCCCUUUGACGUGGGACCAGAGUGCUGAGCCUGGAGGCAGCCCCCCUCCCUCCCCUCCCUUUCCCAGUCCUCUCCCUCUCUCCUCUCCUGGGCUGAGCCUGCUCCAGGUGCAGGGAGAAGGAGAGAGAGGGGCUGGGACAGCGUGUGCUGCUGGUGGGGCUUCAGCCCUGGCAUCCCCCUCUGGCCCCCCUGACUUGGGGUGGUGCCUAAUGCCAGGCUGGGCACCCAGGAGGGGCCCUGGUGCCUCCUCUGCCUCCUCCUCACUCCCAGACACGGGGUGAACAGCUUUUCCCUCUUUGCCUGCCCUCUGGCCAGUGCCCCCUUGCUCCUCCUGGCACCUUUCCGUUCCUCGGUGCCUUCACCCCCUCCUAGCACAUCCUCUGUGUCCCUGCCAGCCCCUGGAGUCCUCCAAUGUGCCGAUGUCCUCGGGGGUCCCCAGGCCCGGUGUCACUGGCUUGGGUUUCAUGAUUUCUGCUUUGCCCCAUCUCCUCACCGAUGCACCCAGGUUCGGCUGGGCUGCUCGGGGGGUUCGUGCCUUCCCCCGGGGGGGCCGGUACAAGUGGUGGGUUCCUGUUACUGUGUCACUGAAGUGGGGUUCCUGCUCCGGCCCUGCCCGUCCUGCUGUGUCCCCUCUCGCCCCUCGUGUGUUGCCGUGCCCCACGCCGAGCCGCCUUGAGGUUUUAUUUAAGGAAUAAAUGAAGUUUCACCCC